UCUCAGAAGAAGAAGAUCUGAAAGUUCGAGUGCUCAUUUCGAUGUUCAUCAUGAGAGAGCAGGUGGAUGUGAUCUGCUGUAAAUCAGUAGGAACUGAUCUGUCCAUGCUGGAUAUUGAUGAUUUCAUCACAGAAAUCUCUCAGCUGAAGAAAGAGUUGACAUCACUGAAGACAAAACUGAUGGAGAGAGAACUCUUUUCACACUGUACCCGUUUAGAGCGAGUUAAAGUUGAGAUUGAGCUGGAAAAUAUUUCCUGUCAAUCUUCAGUGUGUGUGACUGAUGGGACCUCCACAGAAUGUCAAGAUUCAGUGUGGAGCGGCAGAGAUCAGUCCACACCACAGUGGCUGCUGGACAAACUCUCUGAACAGAGAUCCAGAGACACACAGGACUCACAGCUCACUUUACUCUGUUCUACUGAUGCUCAGGAGAGUGUGUGUAACAGUAAUAAGUGUGUUCAAACCUCCACAGAGUCUCUGACUUCUGUCUGUAAUACUGGAGAACAGCAGAUGCUGCAGACACCAGUGAAGAUUGAAGUGAUGCAAAAGGAGCUUAAAGAAGAAAACACAGCAGAGGAACAAUGGAGUGGUGAAGAUGAUGAUGAACAGCAGAUGCUGAAGACACCAGUGAAGAUGUGUUCAGUGAAGCUGCUGGACUGCAGGAACCUGAUGAAGAUGAGAGGGAAGACUGAAGUGAAGCAGGAGGAGAUAAAAGAUGAAAACACAGUGGAGGAACAACAGAGAGAUGAAGAUAAUCAUGAUUUUAUUCCUUCAGAGCUGAAUGAAGUGGAGGAGAAACUUCAGGAUCAGAAACAUCAUGAUUUCACAACUGGAGAAAAAUCUCUGAGGGGCUCAAAAACUAACAAGAAUUUCUCACCAGAAAAGAAUCAAAGAAGAGCAGCCAAAAAUACUUUCACCUGCUCUCAGUGUGGAAAGAGUUUCACAUAUCAAUGCAAGCUUAAUACACACAUGAGAUUUCAUACAGGAGAGAGACCUUACUCGUGCCAUCAGUGUGGAAAAACUUUCACUACUAAAGGACAACUUAAUACACACAUGAGAAGUCAUACAGGAGAGAGACCUUACACGUGUCAUCAGUGUGGAAAGAGUUUUGCAAAUGUAUACUAUUUCAAGGAUCAUCUCCUCUUGCACUCUGGAGAAAGACCAUUUGAAUGUGAUCAGUGUGGUAAAACAUUUGUUUUGGAUUCAGGUCUUAGAAAACAUCUGAAAACUCACACAAAUGACAAGCCUUACAAGUGUUCUUUCUGUGGAAAAAGUUUUGCACACCUGAACUAUUUUAAAGAGCACCAGAAAACUCAUACUGGUGCAGGCGCUCAUAUGUGCUUUGAAUGUGGUAAGAUCUUUACUACAGCUGGCAACUUGAAACAGCACCAAAGAAUUCAUACUGGAGAAAAACCUUACAAGUGCUCACACUGUGGAAAGAGUUUCACUCAGUCAGAACACCUGAAAAAACAUGAGAGAAUCCAUACUGGAGAAAAACCUUACAAGUGUUCACACUGUGGAAAGUGUUUCACUCAGUCAUACAGCUUGAAAACACACGAGAGAAUUCAUACUAGAGAAAAACCAUACAUUUGCUCACACUGUGGAAAGAGUUUCAAUGGGUCACAUAACCUAAAACAACACGAGAGAAUUCAUACUGGAGAAAAACCUUACAAGUGCUCACACUGUGGAAAGAGUUUCACUCAGUCAGACAACUUGAAAAUACAUGAGAGAAUCCAUACUGGAGAGAAACCAUACCACUGCUCGUCAUGUGGGAAAUGUUUCAGAGCAUCAAGUGCUCUAUGGAAACAUGUAAAAAAGUAUUGCCCAGGUAGUCACAGUGAGCAGAAAUCAUCUUCAGGUCCAACAAGAUCUUGUAAAUAGUUGGAAAUUCAGAUAACUAAAAGACCUUUAUAGCACAUGUACAGUACAUUACCCAGAUGUCUAUUUGAUGUGUGUUUACAUCUAGAAGACAUAUUUUUUGGGUUGUUUGUUCAUCUGCAAUACGUCUAUAAGGUGUUCAGCAGAUGUCUUUGAGAUGUUUGGGAUUUAGAUUAUUUGUAAAUCUGAUCUUUUUCACAUGUUUAGCAGUUGUUAAUUUGAUUGUGAUGCUUUCCAGAUGAAAAAAAUCUAAAACGGACUAUUUAGGAUGCAUCUCCUGUGACCACUUGUGGAAAAAAAAAGGACAUUUAAGGAACGUCUUUGUAUUAAUUUAGGAAACUUGUUUGUGUGUGUGUGUACUGUAUAGUACUGUGCAAAAGGUUUAGACACUUAAGAAAAAUGCUGUAGAGUAAACAAGGAAGUCCAUCUUGAUCGUGCUGCCCUAGAUGACUGGCUAGUUUGCCGAGAUGGAGGUGUCGGUUGAUGUUCUCUCCAGUUUGGGUAAGGUCCCAUUAGUUGCCAUCAAUGCCAUGGCAGCUCCAUUGCCACCAGCACUAUACUGUAUGCUAAAAACACAAGUUUUAUUUAUAUAGCAUCUUUUCAAAUAUCAAGAACCUUUACAAACAUUAUUUCCAUUUUUUUUAUGUUGUUUAUUUGUUGUGAUGUAAUAAGUAGCUUACCUCAGAAAAACGAACUCUCCUGCCAGUCGCAGUACAAGUAAAAAGUGUCUCAGAAAUA